AUGACUAUUGCUUUCCAGUUCGCUGUGUUUGCAUUAAUUGCUAUUUCAUUUCUUUUAGUAAUUGGUGUACCUGUUGUGCUUGCCUCUCCUGAUGGUUGGUCAAGUAGUAAAAAUGUUGUAUUUUCAGGUGCUUCAUUAUGGGUUGGAUUAGUUUUUUUGGUUGGUGUUCUUAAUUCUUUCAUAUCUUAA